AUGCUCCUGGACGCGGACCACCUGCUGCGCCUGCUGGGGCUGGAGAGGACGGCCUUCCGCAGGCUGGCGCUGAACGCCCUGCUCCUCUGCCUGCUCGCCCUGCUCUUCCGGCUGCUCCUCAAGCUGGGGAAGCUCUGCUGGGCCUUCCACCUCACCUGCCGCCGGCUGCGCUGCUUCCCCCAGCCGUCGCGGGGCCACUGGCUGUUGGGUCACCUGCGCAUGUAUCUUCCAACUGAGAAGGGCCUCCAAAAUGAGAAGAAGGUUCUGGACAGGAUGCACCACGUGGUCCUGGUGUGGGUGGGGCCUGUGCUCCCACUGCUGGUUUUGAUUCACCCUGACUACAUCAAGCCUGUGCUGAGCGCGUCAGCUGCCGUGGCUCCCAAGGAUGACUUUUUCUACAGCUUCCUGACGCCCUGGCUGGGGGACGGACUUCUGCUCAGCAAAGGUGACAAAUGGAGCCGCCAUCGGCGCAUGCUCACACCCGCCUUCCACUUCGACAUCCUGAAACCCUACAUGAAAAUCUUCAACCAGUGCUCAGACAUCAUGCACGCGAAAUGGCGGCGUCAGAUGGGCCAGGGCUCCGUGGCCUCCUUCGACAUGUUUGAGCACGUGAGCCUCAUGACCCUGGACAGCCUCCAGAAGUGUGUGUUCACCCACAGCAGCAACUGCCAGGAGAAGAUGAGCGAUUACAUUUCGGCCAUCAUCGAGCUGAGCGCGCUGGUGGUGCGGCGCCAGUACCGGCUGCACCACUACCUGGACUGCAUCUACUACCGGACGGCCGACGGGCGGCGCUACCGCCGGGCCUGCGACGUGGUGCACCGCUUCACCACCGAGGUCAUCCAGGAGCGGCGGCGGGCGCUGCGGCGGCAGGGCGCCGAGGCCUGGCUGAAGGCCAAGCAGGGCCGGACGCUGGACUUCAUCGACGUGCUGCUGCUGGCCAAGGAUGAAGACGGGAAGGAACUGUCCGAUGAGGACAUCCGAGCCGAGGCGGACACCUUCAUGUUUGAGGGUCACGACACCACAUCCAGCGGGCUGUCCUGGGUGCUGUUCAACUUGGCCAAGUACCCCGAAUACCAAGAGAAGUGCCGGGAAGAGAUCCAGGAAGUCAUGAAAGGCCGGGAUCUGGAGGAACUGGAGUGGGACGAUCUGACCCAGCUGCCCUUCACCACCAUGUGCAUCAAGGAGAGCCUGCGCCAGUUCCCACCGGUGACCCUGGUCUCCCGCCGCUGCACAGAGGACAUCAAGCUUCCAGAUGGGCGUGUCAUCCCCAAAGGAGUCAUCUGUUUGAUCAGCAUCUACGGAACCCACCACAACCCCACGGUGUGGCCUGACUCCAAGGUGUACAACCCCUUCCGCUUCGACCCCGACCAGCCACAGCCGCGGUCGCCGCUGGCCUACGUACCCUUCUCUGCGGGGCCCAGGAACUGCAUCGGACAGAGCUUCGCCAUGGCGGAGAUGCGCGUGGUCGUGGCGCUGACGUUGCUGCGCUUCCGCCUGAGCGUGGACCGCACGCACAAGGUGCGGCGGAAGCCCGAGCUCAUCCUCCGCACCGAGAACGGCAUCUGGCUCAACGUGGAGCCGCUGCCUCGGCGGGCCGCCGCGGACCCGGGCCCAGGCCCCGCCCAGGAGGCCCAGGCCCCGCCCAAUAAGGCCUAG